AUGGCCACAAGUAAUGCUUUCUGCUCUCGCCGCUCGGCUGGGAGACUCCGUCCCGUUCUGGACGACGAAGACCCGGCCUCAGUGAUUCCUGCCUUCGCCACCUCUCCGCUGGACGACAGCAAUGCGAUUUACCCGGGCACGAAAACGUCAGCAUGUCAGAAGCUCCAACCAUGUCCAAGCCAGGAGGACUCGCUGCAGGGAGCUCCCGGCGUGACGCAGGGGGACUGGGGCGCCGAGAUUGGGCCCCAGGAGGCGGUGAAGCCAGCUGAACGUUACAGGGCGGGACCCGAUCCGGCCCGGCCCCCGGCCCCGAUCCGGCCGCCCUUCGCCCCGCGCUCCGUGCGCCUGGCCCCGGGCGCUCGGCCCAUGGCGCGGCUGCCCCUGGCCCUUUGGCUCGGGCUGGCGGCGCUCUCCCUGCAGGCCCCGCCGGGCGGCGAGCCGGGCCCCGAGCUCCCCCCGCUGCACUACGGCGAGAACGUCAUUGACCUGCUGGAGGCGCUGAACGUCACCCGCUCUGUCCAGGGUGUCAGCAGGGCCGCGGGCCCCGAGCCGGGCGUGCCGGCCUGGAAGUUCCGCCAGCGGGUGCCCCACCUGACGCUGCCCUGGGACUACGCCGUCUACCUGCUGGCCAGCUCGCAGGGCGCCCUGGGCUUCCACUUCGUGGCCAGGCAGAGCCGGGGCUCGGCGGGCACCCUCAUCUCCCUGGUGUCGCCAGCCGCCGCCGCGCGGGACGGGCGCCCGCUGCUGCAGCUGGCGUCCAGCGCCCGCGCCAACCAGCUGCGUCUGGACUACCGCGCCGGGCCCAGCAUGGAGCCCGCCUCACUGCUCUUCCCCGGAGGCAGCCCCUUCGCCCGGGGCCGCUGGGCCCGGCUGGCCGUCGACCUGCAGCCCCACCGCCUGGCGCUCUUCGUGGACUGCCGCCCGGCCGUGCUCCUGGAGCGGGACGGCCCACGGGACGCGCUCAGCCUGCUGCUGCCCCUCGACCUGCAGAUCACCUUUGCCAGCCUGCCCGGGGACGCAGCCAGCAAGUUUCUGGGCUAUUGGCAGACGGCUGAGAUCUCCCCCAGCGGGUUCCCACGCCGGCCGUGGCACUGCGAGAACCUGGCAGACCCCUUCCCCGUGCCGUACACCCUGGCGGAGGAGGGGGACCUGGCCGAGCCCCCCUUUGAUCAAGGAUCCCCCCUGGCCCCGGAGCCGCCGGCCCUCGCCGACAUCCGCAACUACCAGCAGCAGCCCGGCGAGCCGGAGUUCCCCCCCCCGGGCGCCCUGGAGGAGAGGGUGCAGCAGCUGGAGGAGCUGGUGGAUGGAUUCGGGGCCAUGCUGGACAUGGUCAAAGCGCAGAGCUCGGAGCUGCUGGCCCGCGUGAAGUCCCUGGAGAGCUGCGAGUGCCGGAGGCCGGCAUGCGCGUGGGAGGGGACGCAGCGCGAGGACGGAGCCACCUGGGACAAGGAUGACUGCACCACCUGCAUCUGCCUGCAGGGGGAGGUGCAGUGCUCGGCGCGCCAGGACCGGCCCCAGUGCGUAGGCUGUGAGUACGACGGGCAGCGGUACCAGGACAGAGACGUCUUCCUGGCGCCAUCCAACUCCUGCAUGAACUGCUCCUGCCUGGACGGGAACGUCCAGUGCUUCCGACUCGUCUGCCCGCAGCUCCACUGCGCCACCCAGGAGGAGGUGCCCGGGGCCUGCUGCCCCCGCUGCCAGGGCUGUGUGGAUGGAGCCGCCCGGCGGGAGCACGGUGAGGAGUGGGCGCCGCAUGCAGACCCCUGCCAGAGCUGCCGGUGCUUGGAUGGCCGCACCAUGUGCAGGAAGAGGCAAUGCGCCAGGCUGUGCCGCCACCCUGCCAGCCCCCGGCCGGGCACCUGCUGCCCCGUCUGCGACGGCUGCUCGCUGGACGGCCGGGAGUUUGCCAGCGGGGAGCCGGUGCCCAGCGGGGAGCCCUGCACCCAGUGCGCCUGCGUGAGCGGGAAUGUGUUGUGCAAACCCACCGGCUGCCCGGCUGCCCCCUGCUCGGAGCCCGUCCGGAGACCUGGCGAGUGUUGCCCGCGGUGCCAGGACUGCCUCUACGACGCCCAGCCCGUCCCGCACGGCGCCGUCUUCACCCCCCCCGCAGGAGCCCUGCCUCCGCUGCCGCUGCCAGGUGAGCCGGGCACAGGGCAGGCCGGGGAGGUGUCGUGUGAGCGCCUGGAGCAGAGCUGCCCACCCGCGCCCUGCAGCCACCCGGGCACCGCCCAGGGCCAGUGCUGCCCGGCCUGCCACACGUGUGAGUACGAGGGGCACCCGUACCGGCACGGAGAGACCUUCACGCCCCCGGGCCGCGGGCCCUGCGUGCGGUGCACCUGCUCGGCUGGGCACGUGCAGUGCCAGGAAGAGGGGUGCCCCCCCGUGCCCUGCGUCCAGCCCAUCCGGGACCCCCAACGCUGCUGCCCCGUCUGCAAAGUGUGCGUGCUGGCCGGGGAGGAGUUCGAGGAGGGGGCGCAGUGGGAGCCGGACGGGGACCCCUGCACCACCUGUACCUGCCUCGCCGGAGAGCCUGUCUGCGGGGCCCUGCCGUGCCCACCCGUCGCCUGCCAGCACCCCGCCCGGCUGAGCGGAGACUGCUGCCCGACCUGUGCCCAGUGCUCCUACCACCAGCACGUCUACGCCAACGGGCAGGCCUUCGCCGACCCACACAGCCCUUGCCAGCGCUGCCAGUGCAUGGCCGGGACCGUGCAGUGCUCGCCCGUCGCCUGCCCCCCGACCAGCUGCCACCGCCCGGAGAGGCAGCCCGGCCAGUGCUGCCCCACAUGUCCGGGCUGCAGCGUGGAGGGGGCUGCGGUGGCGGCGGGCGAGCGGUUCCCCAGCCCGCGGGACCCCUGCCAGCUGUGCAUCUGCACCGACGGGGUCGUCCGCUGCUCCUCCCGCGACUGCCCUGGUGCCCUGUGCGCCCGCCCCCUGCCCGGCUCCUGCUGCCAGAACAACUGCAACGGCUGCAGCUACGGGGGGAAGGAGUACCCCAACGGCGCCGAGUUCCCACACCCCACGGACCGCUGCAAGCAAUGCCACUGCCUCAACGGCAAUGUUCAGUGUCUGUCACGGCGCUGCCCACCCCUGCUCUGCGCGGAGCCCAUCCUGGUGCCCGGCGGGUGCUGCCCCCAGUGCCCAGAGCCCCCGGCUGGCUGCCUCUACGCGGGCGUCUCCUACCAGCACACGCAGCGAUUCUACGACCCCUCGGACUCCUGCCGCCACUGCAUCUGUGCCAACGGGACCGUCACCUGCCAGCGCCAGCCUUGCGCCCCCGUUCUCUGCACCCACCCCCUGCGGCAGGACUGCUGCCGCUCCUGUGAUGGCUGCCUGUACCAGGGGAAGGAGCUGCCCAACGGGGAGCAGUUCCCGGACCCCACGGAGCCGUGCCGCGUCUGCACCUGCUGGGAGGGCAGCGUCUCCUGCCAGCCCAGGGCCUGCCCGCUGCUCCAGUGCCCCUUCCCUGCCCGGGGGCCGUGCUGCCAGGUCUGCGAAGGCUGCGAGUACCUGGGCGAGGGUUACCUCGAUGGCCAGGAGUUCCCAGACCCCCAGGACGCCUGCGGCCGCUGCGCCUGCCUCCGUGGCUUCGUCACCUGCACCAAGACGCCCUGCGACCCGCCAGGCUGUCGCCACCCCACCAGUCCCCCCGGCAAGUGCUGCCCCAUGUGCCAGGGCUGCCACUUCCAGGGCCAGGACCUCGCGGACGGAGAGACCUUCCCGGCCCCCGGCGGGCGCUGCGAGCAGUGUCGCUGCCUGCAGGGAGAGGUGUCCUGCGGGCCCCUGCCCUGCCCUGGGGUGACGUGCCCCCACCCGGCCGUAGGCCCCUGCGACUGCCCCAUGUGUGACGGCUGCAGCUUCCACGGGCGAGCGUGCAGCAACGGAGAGCGCUUCCCCGACCCCCAUGACGCCUGCCGCCUCUGCUCCUGCCUGGAUGGCAGCGUGACGUGUGUGCCCGCGCCGUGCUCCCCCGCCCCCUGCCGGAACCCUGUCACCCUGCCCGGCCAGUGCUGCCCCCAGUGCUCCGGCGCCUGCCGCUACCAGGGCCACCUCUACGAGAGCGGGACCACCUUCCGCCCCCCGGCGGGGGACCCCUGCUCCACCUGCACCUGCCUGGACGAAGCAGUGACGUGCCAGCGCGAGCCCUGCCUGCAACAAUGCACCCACCCCGUGCCGCCCGCCGCCCCCUCCUGCUGCCCCGACUGCAACCGCUGCCUCUUCGAGGGCCAGGAGCUCGCCAGCCACCAGGCCGUCACCCCGCCCUCGGACCCCUGCCAGCGCUGCCGCUGCCUGCAUGGCAACGUGCUCUGCACCCCCGUCCUGUGCCCCCAGGCCGCCUGUGCCAGCCCCGUCCGGCGCCCGGGCCACUGCUGCCCCGAGUGUCCAGUGUGCCGGCACGGGGGGCAGGCGUAUCCCGAGGGCUCGCACUGGCCGUCCCCGACGGACCCCUGCCAGCGGUGCUCCUGCGUGGGUGGGGACGUGCUCUGCGUGAAGGCCCCGUGCCCCCCGCUGACGUGCACCCACCAGGUGAUAGAGCCCGGGGACUGCUGCCCCCGCUGCAAAGGCUGCAUGUACGACGGGCAGGAGCAUGCCAACGGCACCAGCUGGUUCUCCUCCCCCUGCGUGUCCUGCCUGUGCACCCACGGCAUCGCCACCUGCGCCCAGAUCCGCUGCCUCGGCUCCUGCCUCCGCCCCGUCCAGGUGCCCGGGGAAUGCUGCCCACUGUGCGCAGACUGUGUGUUCGAGGGCCGGCCGUACAGCCCCGGGGAGAGCUUCCAGCCGUCGCUGGACCCCUGCGAGAUCUGCACCUGUGAGCUGCUGGCGGCCGGGGGGCCGCACGUGCGCUGCUACCGCAGACAGUGCCCCAGCCUGGUGGGCUGCCCCAGGAGCCAGAUCCAGCCGCCCGGGCCGCACCACUGCUGCCCCACCUGUGCCCAGGCCUUGAGUAACUGCACGGCCGAGCUGGCCGGGAACGAGAUCCAGGCGGCCGACGACCCCUGUUACACCUGCCAGUGCAAGGAUCUCACCUGGGUGUGUGUGCGCCAGGGCUGUCCGCAGCUCAGCUGCCCCCUUGCCGAGCAGUUCACCCCCCAGGGCACCUGCUGCCCCAUCUGCGACGAGUGCGUGAUAGAGACUGGAGGGCGCCGGGUGUUGGACGGUGAGAGCUGGACGGACAGCGAGGGCGACUGCGUCAGCUGCACCUGUAAUCGGGGCCACGUGGAGUGCCACAUCGCAGAGUGCGAGCCCGUGGAGUGCCAGGGCGGCCUGCGGAAGGUGCAGAUGCCCGGCUCCUGCUGCUACGAGUGCCAAGACCCGGACGGCUCCUGCUCCUACCAGGGCCAGCGGUACCAGGCCAGCGAGCACUGGCAGGUGGACACUUGCACCGCCUGCACCUGCGUCUCUGGGGAGGUGCACUGCCGGAGCCAGCGCUGCCCCCCGGCCGCCUGCGCCGCGGAUGAGACGCCCGCGCUAACGCCAGGCAUGUGCUGCCCUCACUGCCUGCCCCGCCCCGCCACCUGCCUGGCCUUCGGCGACCCGCACUACCGCACCUUCGACGGGCGGCUGCUGCACUUCCAGGGCACCUGCACCUACGUCCUGGCCCAGGACUGCCAGAGGGGGGACUUCAGCAUCCACGUGACCAAUGACGACAGGGGGCGCCCGGGCGUGGCCUGGACAAAGGAGGUGACAGUGCGAGUCGGGGACGUCAUGGUGCAGCUGCUGCAGGACUGGCUGGUCAGGGUGGACGGCCAGGUGGUGACCCUGCCCUUCCUCAAGGAGCCCCACCUCUACGUCGAGCGCCAAACCAACACCAUCCUGCUCAACACCAACAUCGGGGUGAAGGUCCUGUGGAGCGGGCGCUCGCAACUGGAGGUCAGCGUGCCCGGCACCUACAAGGGGCACACGUGCGGCCUGUGCGGCGACUUCAACGGCCACCCGCAGGACGACGCCCGCCUGCGCUCGGGGCAGCUGGCCCGCGCCGAGGCCGCCUUCGGCAACAGCUGGAGGGUGCAGAGCGGGAACGGCACGGGCGGGCCGUGUGCCGACGGGCGGGAUGUGGAUCCCUGCAAGGAGGCCGGCUACCGUGCCCGCAAGGAGGCCAACGCCCGCUGCAAGGUGCUGAAGUCGGGGGCAUUCGAGCCCUGCCACCCCCUGGUGCCCCCGGAGCCCUUCUUCGCCGCCUGCGUCUACGACCUGUGCGCCUGCGGGGCCGGCGCCGACCAGUGCCUGUGCGACGCGCUGGAGGCCUACGCUGCCCUGUGCCGCCGGGCCGGGCUGGCUCUGCGCUGGCGCUCGCCCACGCUCUGCGCCGUCGGCUGCCCCCAGGACCGGGGCUACGUGUUCGACGAGUGCGGCCCGCCCUGCCCCAAGACGUGUUACAACAAGGACGCACCGCUGGGGGCCAUCGAGUCGCGCUGCUUCACGCCCUGCAUGCCCGGGUGCCAGUGCCCCGCCGGGCGGGUGGAGCACGAGGCCCACUGCGUCCUGCCCGAGGCCUGUCCCCAGGUCGUCUACGGCAGCCUCUGAGCCCCCCGAGCCCCUGCCCCGGGGACGCCUGCGCCAUCCACCAUGGCCCCGGGCCCGGCCACCCUCCCUGCCACAGCCCCCGGGAUGUGUGCCCUCCGCCAUGGCCCCAGGACCAGCCUCCCUCCCUCCCGCAGCC